AUGGUGGGCCAGAUUCCUAUCCUGGAUCACCUGAUGGAUAAGAACCCAAUUUACCGGAUCGGCCCCCCAGCCUUCGGAAGCAUUACGAAUAUCUCCAUCCAACAUCUUGUGGAUCGACUCCAGGGAAAGGACGGCCAUUUCAACGACCCACAGAAGCCUGACUUUCUUGAUAAGUUCAUCGAGGCCAAGGGAAAGUUCCCGGAUAUUGUAGACGAUAUGCAGAUCAUUUCAUACUUGAUGAUCAACAUGAUUGCAGGAGCUGAUACAACAGGCAUUGCUCUCAAUGCAGCUUUAUAUUUCUCUAUGAAGAAUCCUCGUGUGUGGAAUCGUCUGAGAAGUGAAAUCCCGGCAUACAAUCCAACUUCUGCAACCUCUGUUGUGCCCUUCAAAGUCGCUAAGGAAUGCAAAUAUCUUGAAGUAGUGGUACGUGAAUCUAUGAGAUGCCAUCCUGCGGUCGGAAUGCUUCUUGAGCGGUACGUUCCAGAAGGUGGUCUUAGUCUCCCGACCGGACAAUAUAUUCCCGCCGGCUAUGUUGUGGGUAUAAACCCCUACGUCUUGGGGCGAAACCAGUCUGUUUGGGGUAAAGACGCCGAUGAAUUCCGGCCCGAACGAUGGCUUCGGGAUGAAUCCCAGGAGACCGAGGAGCAGUUUCAGGACCGUCUACGCGCAAUGAACAACGCUGAUUUGGCGUUCGGUGCAGGCAGCCGUGUGUGUAUUGGCAAGAAUUUGGCCAACUUGGAGAUUUAUAAACUUCUUGCCACACUGAUCUCACUAUAUGACAUGAAUCUCGCCCAUGCUGAGAAAGAAUGGGUCACCCAUAACAGCUUCUUUGUUCGCCAACAUGGUAUUGAGGUCAAAAUUUCUCGUCGUACCUAA